UAAAUCUUGAAAGAUUUUCUUUUAGUUAUUUUGCAAGAAAAAAUCUCGAUAUAUAGUUAUUACAAUAAUUGAAUAAUUGAUUAGCAAUUAUUAUAUUUUAUAUAUAUUAAUAAUUAAUAAUAGUGAGUGGCCAAGAACAAAAAGGGUAGGAAUUAUUGAGGUGUUAUAUACCAUAUAUACCUACCAUAUUUCAAAAACUCCAAUAAUAGCAAUAAUAAUAAUCGGCUAUAACCAGAGAAAUAAUGGCCACCAUGUAUAUGCAUAGGUCUAUGAUCACAGCAAUGGUUUUUCUGAUCAUCACUAAUAUUCUCAUCAACAGGGGAAUUUGUGAAAAUUGCAGUUUGGACAACAUAAACAUCGGAACAGUGAGAAGUGGAAGAGAGAUAAAUGGGAAAGCAGAGUGGAACGUGACAGUGAUUAACACGUGCGAGAAUUGUGGUCAGAGUGAGAUCAAAUUGGGUUGUGAGGGUUUUCAGACAGCCAAGCCAGUGGAUCCGGCCACCUUCCUCGACCAAGGCCACGGCCAGUGUCUCCUCAUCAACGGCUCAAUUCUCAAUCCUAAAGCUACUGUUCGAUUCUCCUAUGCUUGGGAUCCUCCUUUUCUCUUUUUCCCUCUCCACUCUCGUAUUCCUACCUCUUGUAAUUCCUAACUUUGUUGUUUUUAUAUAUGUCUUGUCGUUUAAUUACUUUCAGGGCUUGUAUUAUACUAUAUACUACUUUGUGUUUCUGUGCUCUAGCUUCAAUAUAUAUUUAUUUUAGUACAUCCUUAAAA